AGUCGUCUCCGCUGUUCACACCGGCGUGACCUCCGAGCCAAAACAGAACGAACGCCCCCUUUAGAGCCACGAGCUCGAACCCUAGAACCGCGACCAUGGACUCGGGAGGCGGAGGAGGGGCAUCCCACAAGGCCGUGUCGGGCUCCGCGCCCUCGGCGGCGGCGGCGGCCGCGAACCCGACGGCGAUGCUCUCGGCCCUGAUGAGCAAGCGCGCCAAGCUCCAGGAGGAGCUCCGCUCCAUAGAGCGGCAGGUUUAUGAAAUGGAGACAACCUACCUACAAGAGUCUAAUCAAUUCGGAAGUGUGCUAAAGGGUUUUGAAUCAUUUUUGUCAUCGUCAAAAAAUACUUCAAAUCUCAAGCGCUCCAGGAAGUUUCAGGCUGAUGAGAGGUUGUUCUCACUGUCAUCGGUUACAUCUCCAGCGGUUGAUGAACAUUUGACUGGACGGGACGAUGGAAGAGAAUAUGGAUCAGGUCGUUCAAAAGGCGCAACCACUCCUGCAAACGGGCAAGGAAAGCCCAAGAAGGGUGGGCGCCCUGGAGGGAGAGACGGUAAGAGAAUACGGCCUGCUAAUGAUCCAGACCUGGACGAUGAAGAGGACUUCUAACUCGACAUGUUGUAGGCUUAGCUCAGUGCUUUUUAACAUUGCUAGACUCAAACUUCGUAUGAUUCUUUCUGCAUUGUAUUUUUUUCUCUUGUUUUGCACCAUGGCAGGCGAUCCUUCUGCCCAAGGGAGUAACCCUACCAAUCCUGUCAUUGGCAUUUGCGUGUGCUUGCGUCUUCCGGCGUCUGCCGUUUUGUAAAGCAAUAGCAAAUUAAUUAGAUGGUGAUAAUUUCUGUUAACUCUAUUCUAACAAUAACAUUGAUGUAGAACCCAGAUUCCGGUGUGAUGAGGUUGAUUACUCGGUGGUAAACCGUAUUGCUGUUAUUUAUAGU